UAGUUACAAAAUCUUUUAUUUUAACCUUUAGUAUACAAUCAUUAUAGUUCAAUACACAGUUUUAUCACUUUUAUCACUCAUGAGGUAUAAUAUUAUCUAUGUUCAACAGUAUGUGGGAAAAACUGGUUAUACACCACUACCGUUCAAGUCUGCGUUAUCUUCCAUGAAAUCCUCUUCCAAGAGUCACAAACCGCCGAAAUCGAGAUCGAAAUCGAAAUCGAAAUCGAAAUCGAAGUCGAAAUCAAAAUCCGCGAAGCAAACUCCUAUGCACAAUAAGAGCGUGAUCAGUUCCAUUAUCGCGGAGAAGGCAAAAUUAUGUCAAGAAAUGAAAUUGCAAAGUAAGAUGAAGCCGAAACUGAAGGCUGAAGCAAAGGUGAAAACCUGGGAGGAUGAUGAAACUACCAGCGUCACUGAGAACAUGUUGCCAGCAACCACUGUGGAGGAACCAGUGAAAGACACACCAAUAGAAACAACCGCAUUGAGCGAAAAGGAAAUAGACCGAACGAAGCACGAAAAGUCCAAAAAAAAGAAGAGAAAAUCUACUUCUUCGUCCCCGUCACGGCGUAGCAAGUCGAGCGACAAAAGGGACUCGAAACGGCGCAAAUCCCUUGAAUGUAAGGAAUGCGCCAAAGCUGCCCGUGCGGAGAAAACAGAGGCUGCCGUUAACAAAUGUAAGCUAACGUCAGCGUACUUGGCCAUAGACCAAUUACGAGUCUUAACUGCGAUGGGCGGCUUAUUUUACGCCGGAAGGCUCAGCGCAGUUCAGGCACCUGACGUUUACGCUAUAACGUUAGACGGCGAACGGGGUAACAGGCCUCACAUUCACUCCAGGGAGGAAAUCCUACGAGAUGCGAUUGUUGAGGUCUGUCCCACGUCGACAAAAGAGCUUCCGCCUGGUACAAGAUUGUGUGCCUAUUGGAGUCAACAAUACCGCUGCUUGUACCCAGGUACAUCGGUCGAACCCUCGGAGCCGGACCCCGAGCUCGACGAGAAAUUCGUCAGCGUGGAGUUCGAUGACGGGGAUAGCGGCCGAAUUGCUCUCGACGACAUCAGGUUGCUGCAGCCUGAUUACCCCGUUGUUGAAUACGAUCCAAAUCCUCUGUUGUCUUUGGGGAAACGUCGACGACAAAUAUCAGUGUCGACGUUAUUGGAAGAUAAACGUGCUUCGUACAGUAAUAAUCAACCUUCUACUUCAACUAACAUGAGUAACACAAAUAACACGUUGGCUGAGGUUGCAUCCGCAGCAAACUGUUAUGCAUCAACGUCUGCAUGCAACGACGCACAGUCGCUUGAACAACACAAACCGGAGGAAAUUGACGCAAAAGACCUGGAAGAUUAUCGCGAGAGGAAACGAUUGAAGAAGAAAAAAAGAGACAAAUUGAAGAGGUUGCAAGAGACGGAAGGAAAGAAGAAGCAUAAAAGGCGCAAGUGUGAAGAACACAGGAAGCAUAAGCACAGGAAACAUCGUAAACACAAGCACAAGCAUAAUCAUCAUAGCAGCACUAGCGAAGGAAGUUCGCAGAUUAGCAGUGGGGAAAGCUCUAGUAGUCAAAAGAGCGAGGAAGAAUUACCCAAGGAAAUAGUGGCUAAAGAAGAAGAGGAAGAAGAAGAAGAAGAGGAGGAGGAGGAGGAGGAGGAAGAAGUUGAAAAACAACCGACAGCGCAAGAGGAGACCCAAGAAGGAGCUUCAGAGAACGCUUCGGAAGAAGGUUCGGAAGAAGCCUCGGGAGAGAUCUCGGGAGAUAUCUCGGGAGAGCUUACGGAAGAAGUCGUAGAAGGCUCGGAAGAAGUACCAGAAGAAGUCUCAGAAGAAGUUUCGGAAGAAGUCACGGAAGAAGUCUCGGAAGAGGCAUCGGAAGAAGUCUCGGAAGAGGGCUCGGAAGAAAUCCCAAAAGCGGCCCCGAUACCCACUCGCGAAUCGAGGAAUAGAAAAUCGAGGAGAAACAGGAAAUCGAAAACGCGGGAACGACAGGAGUUGGUGGAAAGCCGGAGUAAAAUGGCAGCAUUCUUGCCAGCGAGACAAUUAUGGGAUUGGUCUGGGAAAGGUUACAAAAGACCCGGUGCCAAAGGAAGGGCCAAGAAACAAUUCUUCCGGGCCAUUAAACGUGGCAACGAAACAAUUGAAAUCGGCGAUAGCGCGGUGUUUUUGUCCACUGGCAGACCAGACAGACCUUACAUCGGACGAAUCGAAUCCAUGUGGGAAACUUCGAAUUCCAAUAUGAUCGUCAAGGUGAAGUGGUUCUAUCACCCCGAGGAGACUGUCGGUUGUCCGAAAUUGAAAUACCCGGGUGCUCUGUUCGAGUCCCCUCACAUGGACGAGAACGAUGUGCAAACGAUCUCUCACAAGUGCGAGGUGCUGCCGCUUGACGAAUACAAGAUUAAAAUGGGGAGAGAGCCGCAUCGAUACCUCACCAUCUAUGACAACAACGACACUUACUAUCUAGCCGGAUAUUACGACCCAUCCACGCACUUUUUGGAGCCGAAGGCGGGGGUUGUUUGAGAACAGCUUAAGCUGACGAUUAAGUUAACUGGUGUUACUUAAUUGUCGUCAGCCGAACGAAUGAUACUGCGAAAUUUCACUAGACAUAGUGGCGGGUUCGCGCCACGAUUCGAAGUUGACGCGUUUUUCUAGCUCUCGGACACGAGCUUGAGAACGAGAAUCGAAAGAUUAUCUGCGUUCGGUACGAUUGCUUUUACGUACCGUACGGACGAACGAAUCGAACGUUCGUUGAACGCCAGGGACAUUAUAUACUUGUGUGACAUUUG